AUGAGCAGAAGUUGCAUCUCAAGGCAAGUGAAUAAGGCUUUGAUUCACAGCCUGACUCCCUCCCUCCCUCCCUCCCUCCCUCCCUCCCUCCCUCCCUCCCUCCCUCCCUCCCUCCCUCCUCCCUCCCUCCCUCCCUCCCUCCCUCCCUCCCUCCCUCCCUCCCUCCCUCCCUCCCUCCCUCCCUCCCUCCCUCCCUCCCUCCCUCCCUCCCUCCCUCCCUCCCUCCCUCCCUCCCUCCCUCCCUCCCUCCCUCCCUCCCUCCCUCCCUCCCUCCCUCCCUCCCUCCCUCCCUCCCUCCCUCCCUCCCUCCCUCCCUCCCUCCCUCCCUCCCUCCCUCCCUCCCUCCCUCCCUCCCUCCCUCCCCCCCCCCCCCCCCCCCCUCCCUCCCCCCCCCCCCCCUCCCUCCCUCCCUCCCUCCCUCCCUCCCUCCCUCCCUCCCUCCCUCCCUCCCUCCCUCCCUCCCUCCCUCCCCCCCUCCCCCCCUCCCUCCCUCACUCAUCUCCCACGCCCUCCACACUCACGCCCCUCACUUCCGCGCACCUCGCGGGCGGCGCAGCGGCGGAGGGCGCCCAUGAGCGCGGUGCACUUGGAGAGGGGGAAGAGAUGGGCGGAAGCUCCGCGGAGGAGGGCGCAGCGGGCGAUGGGGGCGUGGCUUUGUCGGCGGGGGGAGGUGAGGGCGCGGAUGCCAUGAUGGUGGGAUGUGCGGGAGGGGAAAGUGCGGAGCGAUAG